AUGCACAUCUAUUCUCCUCGGUCUCGUCUUCUUGGUUCGGCUAAAGAGUUAAGGCAGGACUGCGUCCCUCGAACACUUUGGUCCUACCUCUUCGGUAAACCGCUGUCAUAUGCCGGCUUGCUCGAGCCGGAACUUACUACGCCUAAUCUUAACCAACCAUUUCGCUCCCAGAGGGCAUCGGUACUCUCUAUCCAGGUAGCCCCGACUCCUGGGCAUCCCCUAUCUGAUCAUCGGAACUCCAUUAGAGUAGAUGAUGAUCCUCCAGAGCGCCGAGAGCAUUUGCCUCGGCUCUCUCACACUUAUUCUGCCCCCCUAGCCAAGCCCUCUCCUAAUCCCAUUUCGCCACUCCACUCCUCGUCUCAUUCUUCCUCUUCCCCCUCAUCUACUUCUUCCGCUUCUUUCUCUUCCUCUUCCUCUCCACACUCUUCCUUUGCUUCAUCCUCAACCUCGUCCUUAUUUCCUGCGUAUACUUCGUAUCCAUCUCAAUAUUCGGUCACUCUGGCCGAUCUACAUGAGCAGAUCGAGAGUCUGCUGAUGGAUGGAGCUGACCUAGCUCAAUUGCACCUUUCUCUUUCAACUAGCCUUGUUCAUGCCAAUUCUAUUCAUACUCUCUCUCGCAGUGAUCCUUUGUUGCUUGCUAUCAACCAUAGGAUACCCGACUCCCGUAGAACCUCUAUCGAAGUUUCAGUUGCCAUGGGCUCAAUGCGACUUAACCAGUCUGGUCCUUCAAUAGCGGCUUCAGUGGCCGGCCAACUACCUGCUGUCCGUUAA